CAAUGUCUAAAACCGGUGAUUCUCCUUGUUCUUCUCACAAUACUUUAGCAUCAGUGUCAAAGCAAGAAAAGGUAUAUCAAUUUAUUGAAAAUGCAGGAAAAUUUGGUGGCAAACAUACCUACAAGUGUUUAAAUGGAAAAAUAAUUAAAUCCAGUGAAGGGAUUGCAAGCAGUGUCACAUUCUUUCUCAAGGAUUUAUUCAAGCAAAUUUUUCUGCCAGUUGGUUUUCCUGAAUCUGUGAGUGACGAUUAUGUUUCCUAUCAGAUAUGGGAUACAAUUCAAGCUUUCUGCAGCACAAUCACUGGUACUUUUACAACUCAGAGUAUUUUGAAAAGUGUUGGAGUUGGUGAUCAAACUGCCACAGCUCUGGGAGCUGCAAUAACUUGGAUUAUCAAGGAUGGAAGUGGUUUAGGUGGCAGGAUAUUAUUUGUAUGGUGGCAUGGAAACUCAUUGGAUUCUGACUGUAAAACAUGGCGAAUGUUUGCUGACAUCAUUAAUGAUUGUGCAUUAACAAUAGAGUUCACUUUACCAUAUUGGGCACUAAAAUCAAACACAGGUUUGUUAUGUUUAACUUCAGUCAUGAAGUCUAUUGUUGGAGUUGCGGGUGGCGCAACUCGUGCCGCCAUUACCCAACACCAAGCCGUGCAGGGCAACAUGGCGGAUGUGUCUGCCAAAGACGGAAGUCAGGAAACAUGCGUUAAUCUACUCGCGAGCAUUUUGGGUAUUUUCCUACUGACUUAUUUUGAGAAUAAUGAAGUUUAUCUGGCUGUGAUAUUUGCAUUUCUCACUGUAAUGCACAUUUUUGCCAACUACAAAGCCAUCCACGGAUUGACUUUCAAACAUUUGAAUCUCCCUCGGUUUUUAAUUGUUUUUAAUAAUUACCUGAAGUACGAUGCUGUCGCAAACCCAACUGUGGUGAAUAAAGCUGAAUCAAUAUUCUUUCCAAAUAGUUAUUUAUGUGGAUUUACUAUCACAAUGGGUUCGUCACUUCAAAAACCGUUCAAGACUCUUCAUGCCGACCGGCUUAAUCUGAUAAUGAAAGCAUUUAAAGGUCAAAAGUAUAUAAUUGUACCCGAAAUGAAGAAACGCAUUUUAUACGUUGCCUUUGAUCAAAGCAUCGAUUCGGAAUUGAUGAUUAGAGCAUAUUUUCAUGCAAUUAUGCUGGGAAAAGCGUUAUUAAUUUAUAACAACAUACUUUUGGAUUCCAAAACAAAAAGGCAUAUACAUCAUGUCACACCAACUCAGCGAUUACAUAAUUUAAUGAAAAAAUUGGUGCGAUCGCCAGUCAGUGAAAAUAUGGAGAUGUUCACACUCGAACAUUUCAUUAUCUUCAAUGUCUAUAUCCAUGCGGAAGCUUUAAGUUUCUUCACGGGAUUAUCAAUCAACAACUGGGACUUGUCGCGUAACUCGCUGCCUGUCGGCGAGUGGCGCUGUAAUCUGCUAAAUGACGAUGCAGAUUGUAGUACAACGAAAAAGGACAAUUAAUAUUUAAUUGAUCUUAAAACAUCUGCAUAAAUUAAAAUUCUAUUGAGGGCAA